AUGGCCCAAGUCGCCUCCUAUGACAGCUACGUCAAGGACACCAUCAGCCAAGGCGGCGGGGGCGGCGCCGGCUUCGACGAUGCCUACAAGUCCGACUACGACGGCGCUGCCGCCGGUGUCGACGACUACGGCUACGGCAAGGCGGCCUACUACGGCGCAGACGACGACGCAGACGUAGAGGAGAUCAGCCAGGAGGACUGCUGGGACGUCAUCCGCUCCUUUUUCGAGGAAAAGGGCCUCGUCCGCCAGCAGCUCGACUCGUUCAACGAGUUUAUGAGCAACACGAUCCAGGAGCUCGUCGAAGAGGUGCGCAGCCUCACCCUCGAGCAGUCCGACCAGCACUCGGGCCACGCAGAGGACAAGACUCGCCGCUACGAGAUCGAGUUUGGCCAGAUCUACCUCAACAAGCCCACCCAGACCGAGUCCGACGGCAGCUCGGCCCAGCUCUUCCCCCAGGAGGCGCGCCUGCGCAACCUCACCUACUCGGCCUCGCUCUUUGUCGACGUCAGCCAGAAGCUCCUCAUCCAGAGCGACGACGACGUCGACCAGAACGGCGACCCGCUCUGGGUGCCCGAGCACGGCCGCGACGGCGUCGAGGAGCAGCAGAUCUUUAUCGGAAAGGUGCCCAUCAUGCUCAAGUCCGACUUCUGCUGGCUCCGCGGCCUCGACGACGAGACGUCGUUCUCGCUCAACGAGUGCCCCUACGACUCGGGCGGCUACUUUGUCAUCAACGGCUCCGAAAAGGUGCUCAUCGCCCAGGAGCGCAUGGCCGCCAACCACGUCUACGUCUUCUCCAAGGCUCCGCCCGCCCCCGUCACCUUCCUCGCAGAGAUCCGCAGCGCCGUGGAAAAGGGCGGAAAGACGAUCAGCACCAUGCAGAUCAAGCUCUUUUCGCGCAACAAGGAAAAGACGCAGAACAACACCAUCCGCGCCACGCUGCCCUACAUCCGCAACGACAUCCCCAUUGUCAUCGUCUUCCGCGCCCUCGGCAUCGUGCCGGACCGCGAGGUGCUCCAGCACAUCUGCUACGACUUCAACGACACGGCCAUGCUCGAGAUGCUCAAGCCGUGCAUCGAGGAGGCCUUUGUCAUCCAGGACCGCGACCUCGCCCUCGACUUUAUCGGGCGGCGCGGCACCACGACGGGCCUCAGCCGCGCCAAGCGCACCGUCUACGCCCAGGAGAUCCUGCAAAAGGAGAUGCUGCCCCACGUCUCGACCGCCGAGGGCUCCAACACCCGCAAGGCCUACUUCUUCGGCUACAUGGUCCACCGCCUCCUCCUCGCCGCCCUCGAGCGCCGCGAGAUCGACGACCGCGACCACUUUGGCAAGAAGCGCCUCGACCUCGCCGGCCCGCUCAUGGCCAGCCUCUUCCGCAUGCUCUUCCGCAAGCUGACGCGCGACAUCUACCGCCAUCUGCAGCGCUGCGUCGAGGAGCACAAGGAAUUCCACAUCCAGGCCGCCGUCAAGUCGAGCACCAUCACCAACGGCCUCCGCUACUCGCUCGCCACGGGCAACUGGGGCGACCAGAAGAAGUUCAUGCAGGCCAAGGCGGGCGUGUCGCAGGUGCUCAACCGCUACACGUUUGCCUCGACCCUCUCGCACCUCCGGCGCUGCAACACGCCCAUCGGCCGCGACGGCAAGAUUGCCAAGCCGCGCCAGCUCCACAACACCCACUGGGGCAUGGUCUGCCCCGCCGAGACGCCCGAGGGCCAGGCGUGCGGCCUGGUCAAGAACCUGUCGCUCAUGUCCAACAUCUCGGUCGGCACGCCGUCGGCGCCCAUCGUCGAGUUCCUCGAGGAGUUUGGCCUCGACAGCCUCGUCGACAUGCAGGUCACCAACGCGCGCGCCACAAAGGUGUUUGUCAACGGCGUCUGGAUGGGCACCCACGACGACCCGGGCCAGCUGGUCGACACGCUGCGCGACCUGCGCCGCAAGGACGACAUCAGCCACGAGGUCAGCGUCGUGCGCGACAUCCGCGAAAAGGAGCUCCGCCUCUACACCGACGCCGGCCGCGUGCUGCGCCCGCUCUUUAUCGUCAACCCGGACGACAUGACGCUGCUGAUCAAGAAGCACCACGUCGCCAUGCUGGGCCAGACGACGGAGCUGGGCGAGGAGUUCCGCUGGACGCAGCUGGUGCAGCAGGGCGUCAUCGAGUACCUCGACGCCGAGGAGGAGGAGACGGUCAUGAUCUGCAUGAGCCCCGACGACCUCGAGCAGUCGCGCGAGUACAAGGCGCGCAACGGCCAGGUGCCCGCCGCCAGCGCCGACCCGAGCGCCCGGCUGCGCUCGCCCCACACGUUUGCGCCCGACACGUGGACCCACUGCGAGAUCCACCCGUCGAUGAUCCUCGGCGUCUGCGCGUCCAUCAUCCCCUUCCCGGACCACAACCAGUCGCCGCGAAACUGCUACCAGUCGGCCAUGGGCAAGCAGGCGAUGGGCGUCUACCUGACAAACUACCAGAUGCGCAUGGACACGAUGGCCAACAUCCUCUACUACCCGCAGAAGCCGCUGGCGACGACGCGCGCCAUGGAGCACCUGCGCUUCCGCGAGCUGCCGGCGGGCCAGAACGCCAUCGUCGCCAUCCUCUGCUACUCGGGCUACAACCAGGAGGACUCGGUCAUCAUGAACCAGUCGUCGAUCGACCGCGGCCUCUUCCGCAGCCUCUACUACCGCUCCUACAUGGCCGAGGAGAAAAAGGUGGGCGUCAUGAUCAUGGAGGAGUUUGAGAAGCCGUCGCGCGACACGACGAUCCGGCUCAAGCACGGCACCUACGACAAGAUUGACGCCGACGGCAUGGUGCCCCCCGGCACCCGCGUCUCGGGCGACGACGUCAUCAUUGGCAAGACGGCGCCGCUGCCGCCCGACAGCGAGGAGCUGGGCCUGCGCAGCAAGACGCACACGAAAAAGGACGUCAGCGUGUCGCUCAAGUCGACCGAGAACGGCAUCAUCGACCAGGUCCUCAUGACGACCAACGCCAGCGGCAACAAGUUUGUCAAGGUGCGCGUCCGCUCGACGCGCGUGCCCCAGACGGGCGACAAGUUUGCGUCGCGCCACGGCCAGAAGGGCACCAUCGGCAUCACGUACCGCCAGGAAGACAUGCCGUUCACGAGCGAGGGCGUUACGCCGGACAUCAUCAUCAACCCGCACGCCAUCCCGUCGCGCAUGACCAUCGGCCACCUGGUCGAGUGCCUGCUGUCGAAGGUGGCCACGCUGUCGGGCCAGGAGGGCGACGCGACGCCCUUUACCGAGCUCACCGUCGAGGCCGUGUCGUCGAUCCUGCGCGGGCUGGGCUACCAGUCGCGCGGCCUCGAGGUCAUGUACAACGGCCACACGGGCCGCAAGCUGGCGGCGCAGGUCUACCUGGGGCCCACCUACUACCAGCGGCUCAAGCACAUGGUCGACGACAAGAUCCACAGCCGUGCUCGCGGGCCCGUCCAGAUCCUGACGCGCCAGCCCGUCGAGGGUCGGUCGCGCGGCGGCGGCCUCCGCUUCGGCGAGAUGGAGCGCGACUGCAUGAUUGCGCACGGCAUCGCCAGCUUCCUCAAGGAGCGCAUGUUUGACGCCUCAGACGCCUACCGGCUGCACGUGUGCGACAUCUGCGGACUGACGGCGGUGGCCAACCUCAAGAAGAGCACGUUUGAGUGCCGCUCGUGCCGCAACCGCACGUCGAUCUCGCAGGUCUACAUUCCCUACGCGGCCAAGCUGCUCUUCCAGGAGCUCAUGGCCAUGGGUGUCUGCACCCGGCUCUACUAG